AUGCCCCACAACAAGGGCAAAACAGUCGGAAAGGCAGACAGGGCUGCAAGGAAUCUCAGGCAACUGGAAACCGAGCUUCGGCAUUUGCAACAAAUAUACGAAUCGAUACCUCGAUACUUCACGGACUCUGAAACAACAAGACAAACUUACGGUGAUAUUCCUCUUAGCCUAUUGAAUAUAUGCUACUGCAACUAUGCGCGGGCACAACACAAACACCAAUAUCUCGCAAAGUUCCGUGACAAUUGGCCGUUUCACGACUUUAUGGGUUGUUAUCUUCGAAAUCAUGUACAGUACACUAAGAAGCAGCACCCAAACUUGGACGACUCUGAGGUUGACCGCAUAUAUGCGCACAGAUUGAUGAGUCUGAUGUUAGUGGAUUCAGACAUCGAUGAGGAGAGGCGCCCACGGCCUCCAAAAAAAAUCUGCUCAGAUCAUUGGCCCAGCAGUGCGCGCAAAAAGCGCAACCAACAGCGGGUCCCUCUAAGUUUUCUGGAUCAUAUGAUGAUGCAGCAUAUCACGACAAUGGUGAAUCGGAGCUGUCUGAACCACCCGAGAGCAUUCAUGCUAGUACUCCAGUACCGCGGCCUAAAUCUUCACGGUCACGACCAACCAGACGCGGAAGGUCGCGCAAAUGAGCUUUUUUCUUCAUCCGUCUCUCUUCACCACAUUUCUGGCCGUUCUUCACCUGUCCCUGCUUGCUAG